GCAGAAACGAAAAUUGAUGAUGCUGGUGUAGUCGUUGACAUGAAAUGGACGAAGUGCAGCUCCGGGCAGGAACUUGCUCUCAAUUGCAUCAUAGAAGAGGACGGUAGUCCGCGGGCAAUUUUGCAUCCGAGCAUUCCGCAGGACCAUAUCGUCGACUUCUUCUGCCGUCACUCGCCCGUGUACGAC